AUGACGAGGACUGGAACCUCUUCCUCCAAGGCGUGGGAGUCCAACAGCAUCGCUAUUCCUGAGGAUGGCAACAGAGUGGACUCGACCGCCGCCCAAGACUCAGGAAGGCCAAGAGGGCGCAUUCGACGCUCCAUGACGGCCUGCAACACCUGUCGCAAGCUCAAGACUCGAUGCGACCUAGACCCGCGCGGCCAUGCGUGCCGUCGCUGUCUUUCACUGAGACUUGAGUGCGAACUUCCGGAGACCUCGGAUCGUUUUCAAGACAAUGCAUCAACCUGGUCAGACGCCAACGCUGCAAUCCCGUCAAUUGAGGAGCGUCUCGCUUCCCUCGAGCGUACAAUGGGGGAAAUGAUGCACAUGAUGAGACAGAUGGCGAAUCGGUCGCCCAGGGCGUCUGGCAGCCCAGUUUCCCAGGUGGCAGGAAGCAAUCACAUAGAUGAAUCCAGCUCGUGCGAUGGCGGGCCGACGUCUACUUUUACUCUCAAACCGGCUCAGUUGAUUCGAGAUCUGCAGGCCGAGUGCUUCGGGGAAAGAGACCAGUUCACUACCGACGCUGAUCUUCUAGGCGAUGUUGUCACCCAAGGCAUUUAUUUCGGUCCAUGGGUUUCAAUAAAUCUUGCAUCCAGCAUUCAACAGUCAAAUACUCUUCUCUUCAACACUGCAUGUCUCCUGGGUGCCCGCUACUUGCCUGGAAUGCCUCCACAUACCAUACGCGAUAUAUCGGUGCAAGUGCAGCAUGUCGUGGCCAAGGCUCUAUGGAAGUCUCCUCCUUUGACUAUUGAUACUAUUCAGGCUCUAAUGUUGCUCUGUCUUUACUCUAAUUCGGUUCAAAAAGAGCCACCCAUGGAUGGCUGGUUGCUGAGCGGGAUCUCAAUCAACCAUGCCCUUAUUUCUUUCGGUCUUUUUAAUGCUUCAGUGGAGACAGUCAUCGGUGAUGAUAUGUUUACCCAGUUGCGGCUAUGGAAUAUUCUCUGCUUGACUCAUUUAUAUUCCGCUAUUGGUAACGGGCGUUCCAUCAGCAUUCACCCACAAUAUCUUGACCAAUGCCCACGCAUCCUGGAGCAUCCCAGAGCUACAUCUGAGGACAGAAAAGUGCUCUACAGAAUCACCCUCAGGCUCCAGCGCAACCAACAGCGCUUGCUGCUGGCAGAUUCCGAAUAUGAGGAGAUCGAGCGCUGGAAAAUGGAAUGGGCUCAUGUUUUCACAAAUGAAGAACAAUCAACCCUGGAACUCAGUCUCUGGUUCUGCCAGAUGCUCCUUCACCGAACUGCUGCACGCCUCCAACCGGAGAUAGAUCGACUCGUGCCCGAGAUCUGCGGCAAUGCGCGGCUGAUUAUAUCAAAAUUUAUGCAAGUCCGCUUUCCUCUGGCCCUGGGUCUGAUCGACCAUGUCUAUUCCAUUGUUGCCUACGCCACCAUCACAUUGUGCGACUAUAACAUCUCCGAUCCACUCAUUGACCAAGUACGCGCGCUCCUGCUUCAUCUCGCUCCGAGUGGCGACCACAUCUCCUAUCGCAUUGCGUGCAUCAUCGCCCAAGUUCAGCGCCGCUACUCCGACGCAGCGGCAGACUCUACCUCCGUUGCCUCAGGAGAUGCUCUGAAGGAAGCAAUCUUCGCGACUCCGCAUCCUCCGCGCGGCGCCAAUAUGGAUUUAACGCAAUUGAUGCCAACCGCAGGGGUAAUGAAUACCCUAGUCGACGAGUAUGGGUGUAUGAACCAUUUGAUUCCGGGCUAUGCAGCACCGCAUCCACCAUUCUCUGGGCCCACUAUUUUUCAACAACAUCUUGCGCCUGUCACGGGUGGUGCGAUGCCUGUCAGCUUGGUGCCACGUGCCUUGCACGAUUGGUAA